GUCGUUGCUAAAUAAUUAUUAUAGUUAAUUUAUUCUCGUCUCCCGGUGGCGGUGCGAAGCCCUUCACCUCCGCCGCCGCUACCGCCGGCGGAUCUGGGGCUUCUUUCCACCCUCGGUUGGAAGUCUUCUCCGUAUCUGUUCUCCUUUACUCAUUCCCUUGGAAAGAACGGUUCUUUUGGCAGGAUUUGGUGGCAGUUUGAUGAUUUAAAGACCAUGGAAAGGGAAGCUAAAAAGGAAUCUUUCAGGAAGUAUCUGGAAUCAAGUGGUGUGCUUGAUGCUCUCACUAAAGUUCUUGUUGCACUUUAUGAAGAAAACGACAAGCCUUCUUCUGCCUUGGAGUUUGUCCAACAAAAAUUAGGUGGCCCAUCAAUUUCUGACUAUGAAAAGCUACAAGCUGAGAAGUCAGAUUUGCAAAUGAAAUAUGACGAGCUAUUGGAAGUUCACAGAGAAACAUGUAGACAGCUUGAGGAGCUACGGAGCUUGAAGGUGUCAACCAACAAGGACUUUGCUGACGGAGAUAAACAGAAAGAUGGAUUGUGAAGGACUCGCCCGGAAUUUGUUACAAGCUGUUAUAACAAAUUCUAGAAUUUGUUUGUCGGAACAUUUUUAUGCAAUAGAUCACAGGAAAGGAAAGAAAAACCAAGUAUAUCUGUAUCCAAAACGUCGUUAUUCAUCAAUUGUUUCCAAACUUUCCCUGUUGUGAGCAGCUAUCAGAUUUUGAAAGGACUGAAUGAUAUAGACAUUCCCUUCAAUGUUUAUGUAUAACUAAAUGCACCAAUACUUAUUUCAAAAGGAAUUAUAAAAUAUAAAAUGAUUAUUAAUAUAAA